UCCUCAUUGUAGUGCAUUUAAGGAGAUGGAUGGUUAUCCCGGAGUCAUUGGCGGUGAUUCUACAAAACAACAAGAAAGACAUUACUACCUGUUGUCUGAACUGCAAACAUUAGUCAAAGACUUACCAAGCUCCUUCCAGCAGCGCCUGUCCUACAACACGCUGAGUGACCUGGCUCUAGCACUCAUAGAUGGGACCGUUUAUGAGAUUGUGCAGGGGCUCCUGGAUAUUCAGCAUCUGACAGAGAAAAAUCUGUACAACCAGAGGCAAAAGCUGCACUGUGAACACCAAGCACUCAAGCAAGAUCUUGCACGAAAACACAAAGACGCUCUGCAGUCAUGCAAGUCCCACAAUCUUGCACUUCUUAAAUCAAACCAACAAACGGAACUAGAGGCUCUGGACAUUCGUGUGCGAGAAGAACAAAGAAUGAUGGAUAAGAAGAUUGUAGCGGAAAUGGAUCAAAAAGUGAUAGACCAGCAGAACACCCUGGAGAAGGCAGGAGUCCCGGGGUUUUACAUCACCACUAAUCCUCAGGAGCUGACAAUGCAGAUGAACCUACUUGAAUUGAUCCUCAAGCUUCAGCAGAAGGAGUCACAAUCUGGACUACUAUGAGAAAGAUGAUACAGAAGCUCAAUUGUGCCAAAAGAAACAGACGGUGUACGCUCAUGAUCCAAUGACUGUGAGAUUCACUGUGCUUCAGUUGACGUGUAACAUUGUUGUGUAAGAAGCAACAAGUUGAGAAAAAGUUGAACACGUGUUGUCCCGAGUCGAAUUGGCAUCACCAUCAUAAACCUGUAAGACAAGGCUGGUUCUAAUGUAUUCAAGUAAGUUUCAAGAAGUGAAGGAGAGCAGUAGCAGGUUGUGACAAAAUAAAACGCUUAAAUACCAUGUCACACAUUGUGCAAUUAGGUAGUUGUUUUGUUACAAAUCCUUUGAAGACACGUUGAAGGACUUCUUAAGGACACAAAGAAAUGAACAGAUGGCUGUAACUGCAGGUAAUGCUGUGACCGUUCUGCACUGAGAUGUUCUCUUCGCAAGUGCCUCUUGAUACCUUUGGAGCAGUUGGCGACAUUUGAGGUGAAAAGGAAAGUUUUAUCCUUUGUGUGUACACAGACCCAACUCUGAGCAGCAGCAGUGUAUAAAGCUGAAUUCUGUAACUUUCCACAUGUCAUUGCUUUCUGCAAUGGUGAAAGUGUCUUGGGAGGUUGUGUGUGAACCUGCUGUUAAUUUAAAGCAGCCACUGGACACUUAAAAAAUGGACCAACUCCUACUUGCCUCACCUCAGGAUGUUGAGCUCAAAUGUGUAAAACAGAAACAAGGUGUGAAAUGUGUCAGUUGUGUUCUGGCUCUGAACAGACUUUAUUCAUGGUUAGUUGUUGAGCUAACCUCAGUGCGUUUACAUUGAUAUUUUUUAAAUGUAAAUGUUGGUUAAUGUUAACUGUUUGACAAUCCACAAUUCAGUAAAUACCAAUAAGCAAUUCAUUACUGCUAUGAUAUACAGUGUGAACAAAAUCUGAUAUGGAAAGUAGCAUUAAAUAUUUUUAUGUGAUUUUCCAUUACACAAAUAUCUGCCUUCAUAAAACAAAUGUUAUUAAACGUUUCUCAAAGCAU